AUGGUCAAGCAGGCACAUGAGCGCAACAAGAAUAAGUACUGUCGCUUUCAUCAGGACCACGGUCACGACACCGAGGAGUGCAGACAGCUGAAUGAUGAGAUAGAGGCUCUCAUCCAGAGAGGGCGCCUAAGCCGAUUCAUCAAAAGAGAAGGGAACAACCGUAGGUCGGAUUACCGGGCUCGGGAGCCAGAGGGAAGACAGAGAUCACCCCCCAGAGCUGAUAAAGAGGAACCACACCGAGGUAAGCCCCAUACUGAGAACGUACCCCUGAGGGAGAUAACAACCAUAUUUGGUGGGCUUGGUAUGGGAGGAGAAACCUCAAACUCCCGAAAGCAGCACGCUCGGAAUGUACUCCAAGCCGAGGUAACAGUUAAAAAGAGAAGAAUUGAUCAUCACAUAACCUUCUCAGAUGAAGACCUGGAAGAUAUUCAAUCUCCCCAUGAUGAUGCCUUGGUAAUCAAGAUGGUUAUCGCUAAUUGCACGGUAGGGAGGAUCCUGGUGGACAAUGGGAGCUCAGCUGACAUCUUGUAUUAUGAUGCCUUAGAAAAGAUGCUCCUGAAACCCGAGAUGCUGAAAAGAGUGGAGUCUCCCUUAUACGGUUUCAAUGGGGCCCCGCUACAGGUGGAAGGAUCAAUUGAGUUGCUGGUUACCGUGGGGACAGAACCCAAACUCUCUACGGUGAUGAUGAACUUCCUGGUGGUAAAGGUGAAUUCCACGGACAAUGGAAUAUUGGGGCGACCGGGACUCAAUGCACUGCAGGCGGUGGUCUCAACCCCACACCUAGUCAUGAAAUUCCCAACUGACCAUGGAGUGGGGCAAUGUUGA